UGUGAGAGCGAGAGAGAAAGGAAACGAAGGGACACGGGAAGCGAGUGUGUUUUUGGCGGUGCGGAGACGGCGAACUUGAAGUUGCACAUCAGCAUAAGCGCACGGCUUCCAUCCAUGCUUCCUCCCUCCGCGUUAUAAAAUGUUAUGAUAUACAUACGCCUCCAUCCACCCGUCUCGCAGCUCUACUCUCCGCCCACCCUCCGCUCCCACACAUGUCACGCAUCUCCCUUCCCGACGUGCCCUACGACAUCCUCGUCAGAAUCGCUCUCGAGACCGCCUGCAUCGACGUCCUCGGUCCACCCACACAUCUGCCUCCUCUCCUUGCCACCUGUCGCCCCAUCUACAAUGCUCUUGCACGCUCCCCGGAGCUCAAUGCUCGCAUAUUUAAAGCAAAGUUUGAUGUCACGGCCGCGCGCCGCCGCUUCGGGCCAAUCGCGCUCCUCAACAGGAACCUUGCGGUCCAGCUCAAAUCCUACUGCAUCUCUCUCAAACGCUUCCGUGCUGGCGACGUACACGCCGACACGUCAACGCUAGAGACGGAUCUCUGGAAUGCAUUUCUCAUGUUGACAGAGAACGAUGGCAAGAACGCCGCCCAGCUCUCACAAUAUGCGCGCUUCCCCGAGUUCGCCGAAAGCCUCAUUCGCUCGCGUAUGCUGGCGGAUCGAGAGUCGACCGGCUGGCCAGUCGAGACGACGUGGAAGAGCCUUGCAAUGUGGUCGCUCUGGAUGAUGACGGACACUCCCGCGCUCCAGGCUGAGGGUACCGAAGCGCGCGAGUCGUUCAUCCGCCUCCUCCUCCCCUUCAUCUUGUGUUGCUUCCGCUACAACUGCUUCCACGCUGCAGACAUUCAUUACAGCCUUCCGCUCAUCCGCGAGGACUUUCCGCAGCUACCUACCUCUUUAGUCACCGCUCACGGCCGUUUCCCGCAAUAUCCAAGCGCAGAUGCCUGUUCGGAAAUAACGCACUUCAACCAGCGCAUAACCAUCGCGCGUCCGCCAAUCGUGCAGGCCGCACAGCUGCUGUAUUUUGCACGACGCGAGCUCAAUGGCUUUCCGAUACCCAUGGGAAUUCCGCGUGACCGCGAGCAUGCGCUUUCAUUGGGACAGCCCACCGGCCCAACACGUGCGGACUAUGCAGAGCUAAAUGCGCAUCCUUCGGCGCGUCUGCUAAGCUCAGGCGACUGGGACUGGCUGACCGCUCUUUCGUCUACGGAUCGUCAUGUCACGCUAACAGGGAACGAGAAGUUCCCAACGGCUCGUGCUCUGAGUGCACGAUUUGAUGCAGAUUGGGAGCGUCUCACAGGUUGCUACAGCCCCUGGGUAUCGCCGACAUCUGGCGCAUAUGCACGGUAUGCGUUUGGCGCGCUAAUUGGUCGCUGGGUGGGGCGGAUGCUCAUUCCCGACGAGAACUCUUACAUGUCGAUGAUCGAGAAUCCGAUGUUGCAUAGCUUUUUCGGGGAGAGUUUCCCGUUCAGCACGAUCCGGCCGUUCAUGCUCACGCUGAGGGAAUAUCAUUGCAUCAGCCCGGAAGAACCUGUAGACUUCCGUACAGCGGAGAAUGGCUUGGACGACGGUGUGCUGAACGCAUAUUUGCCGCCUCUUAGUAUGCUCGUCGAACAGGAUGCUGUGACAUUUACAGAACAAUCUGCUGAGCGAUAUCGCCACCGGUAUGAGAGGAUACUGCCGGGUCGGCCAAGUUGUCACAAUGAAGAUACAUGUGUUUAUUGUCUCCAUCGCACUGCACAAGCCCCUGCUGAACGCUCGGCGCGCAUGGCUGAAAUUGAGGCAGCGUUUCAAGAAGCGGGGCUUGGACGAGACGACAUGGAUGUAGACGAAUCCUGUACUGACUCGAAGAUGAGUGAAGAAGAUGGCGAAGAAGAUGAAUAUGAGGCAACAAUUGAAGACGGACCGUGCAACGGGGUGCUGGAUGUUGUCUUCACAGGUAUAACAGAAGAGCGCCAUGGUGAUGCAUGGUGCCAUUACAUGUAUUAUGGCCGACUACGUGAAUGGGACGGACUCAUUGUGCUUGUUGGAGUUCCUCUUUCGUCCAUUUUCGCGUCUUCUCACAAUCGUGAUUCGCGAUUUUCACAGAAUGAUGUGAAUGAAAGGUUAUGGGGUAAAUGGAUUUUCCGUGGAUACCUUCAUGGUGGACAGAAUUUCACUGGCCGAUGGCGGCACUAUGCAUACGACCUCUUCGCGCCAGCGUACGAAAGCGCCUUCACUCUCUCCAAGCGCGAUGAUGCUGAGGAGGCUCCCGGAUCUUGGUCUCGGACUUCUCGUCAACCUGACGUUUCCUGCAAAUUUGGUCGAGCGGACUUUGUAUAUCUCGAAGCCGCUUUUUGCAACAUUUGGCGUCUAAAACGUUCGUGGGCGCCCAUCUUUCGGCUCCUUCCAGGCACCCUUUCCCCUGUCCUCCGUAAUGAGUUGCAUCAGUGCACAAGACGAAACAACGCAAUGUCUUUUCCUACACCGUAUCUCAGUCCUCCGCCUUUCUUGCUUUCACACCAUUCUCGUCUGUAUGCUACUGUCUCUGGCACUGUUGCCGCACUGCCUACUGUUACGUUGACUGGUCCGUUUUGGGAGAUGCGCGGGAAUGGGAUUGCGCCACCGUUGCUCCGUCCGAUAGACUUCCUUGUGCUACGUGGUUCGUAUUCUCGUUCGACAUUCGAAUCGCUGGAUUUUCUGUACAACCAGAUCAUAACUAUCGACCGCGCCUCUGGUCUCAUCUGCGACGUUCGGCACUUCGGCGAACUGCCUGAUCUUGAGAGUACUGUGCAAGCAGGGAAUGUUGUGGAUCUACGUCGGGUUACUGUUUUACCUGGAUUCGUGGACGCCCAUGUACACUUAUUCUUGCAUCCCUACUCGGAAACGUCAUGGGAUGACCAGCUGACCAAAGAGCCACUUGUUGAACGCACGAUCCGUGCUGUCGCUCAUGCGCGCGAAACGUUGCUUGCGGGAUUCACUACAGUGAGGGACCUAGGUACGGAAGGUGCGGGUGACGCCGACAUUUCUCUUCGCAGAUGCCUUUCGGGGCCAGAUGCACUCGCACCUGGCCCUCGGUAUUUUUGCGCGAAUAGGGCCCUUGUCCCAACUGGUAGCUACGGUCCGAGAAGCAGGAUUAUACUCAAUGCGGAGGGAGUCCAAGGUGUCACUGGCGCAGAGGUUGCGGAUGGCGUUGAGGAAUGUCGUAAAGCUAUACGCCGGCAGACUGGUGCCGGGGCUGACUGGAUCAAGAUAUAUGCAGACUAUCGUUAUCGCUCGCGAAUGGCGGAUGUUUCCGCCCGGCCAGCUGCGGCUUCCCUCGCAACAUUCCAGACGGACGAGUUGAAAGCGUUAAUUGACACGGCGCACCAGCUCGGACUGAAGAUUGCUGCACAUGCGAGCACGGCGCCGGCGAUAAGUACCGUGGUCAAACUUGGCGUCGAUACGGUCGAACACGGUGAUGGUGUUGACGACAUGGCGCUCUUUGCGCGAAUGGCCCAGCAUGGCGUGACGUGGGUUCCGACUUUGGCUGCCUACCAUACUCUUGGAAAGGCAGAUGUAUGGGCACGUGCGUGUGCGACCUUCCAAGCCGCUCUAGCUACCGAUGUGAAGAUUGCCUGCGGAGGGGACACCGGAGUUUUCCGGCAUGGGGAUAAUGCAUUAGAGAUGCAGCUUAUGGUUCGUCUCGGCGCAGACUGGCGUAGGGUUCUGCGUUGGGCGACCCUUGGCGGCUGGGAGUGUGUGCGUUCAAAAGAAUGGGAGGGUCCACGCGGAGCGGAACGUCUAGAGAAGGUCGAGGAGCUCCGCGAAGGGCUGGAUGUCGUUGGGGACAAUGAGAUGCCGUUCGGCGCGAUAAGGAAAGGCUUUUCAGCAGAUAUGAUAGCUACAACAGGAGACCCUGAGAACGACUUUGAGAAUGCCGUUAAACCAGCCAGUAUAUCGUUUGUGAUGAAGAUGGGGAAAGUUUACAAAAAGGACGGAGUUGCUUUGCUUUGAACGUAAAACGAAUGUACGGCAUGAACAAUGUGAUAUAUGUGUAGCUAGAGUUGCUGACUCUGUCCUGAUUUGACUGUGUACUACGUGAAGCUCCAAAUCUAUUAACAG